CCCCUCUCGCCGCUUGCUGCAGCCAUGGUCAACCCCACCGUGUUCUUCGACAUCGCGGCCGAUGGCGAGCCCUUGGGCCGUGUCUCCUUCGAGCUGUUUGCAGACAAAGUUCCAAAGACAGCAGAAAACUUUCGUGCUCUGAGCACUGGAGAGAAAGGAUUUGGAUAUAAGGGUUCUUCCUUUCACAGGAUUAUUCCAGGAUUCAUGUGCCAGGGUGGUGACUUCACACGCCAUAAUGGCACUGGCGGCAGAUCCAUCUACAGAGAAAAAUUUGAGGAUGAGAACUUCAUCCUGAAGCAUACAGGUCCUGGCAUCUUGUCCAUGGCAAAUGCUGGACCAAACACAAACGGUUCCCAGUUUUUUAUCUGCACCACCAAGACUGAGUGGCUGGAUGGCAAACAUGUGGUCUUUGGGAAGGUGAAAGAAGGCAUGAACAUUGUGGAGGCCAUGGAGCGUUUUGGGUCCAGGAAUGGAAAGACCAGCAAGAAGAUCACCAUUUCCGACUGUGGACAACUCUAAUUCUUUUGACUUGCGGGCUUCUUACCCACCAGACCAUUCCUUCUGUAGCUCAGGAGAGCACCCCAGCCCCAUCUGC